AAGAGAGCUCAAAGUGAUAGGAGACCUGGCCCUGCACUGAUGGACAAAAGGAAUGAGGGACGAGAGUAGAGGAGAUCACAGUGGUGUUGGACGGUGUGAACAUAAUUGAAGAAAAGUGUGGAAUAAUACACGCAAAAUUAUGAGGUUUAUGAAUAACAGACCUCCAGCUAAUUCCCGGUAUCAGCCCACUGCGUACGAACAUGCUGCAAACUGCUAUACACACGCAUUUCUCAUUGUGCCAGCGAUUGUGGGCAGCACAUUGCUUCACAGGCUGUCAGAUGACCAAUGGGAGAAGGUGACAGCUUGGAUGUACGGCCUGGGGCUUUGUGCACUCUUCAUCGUUUCCACCUUUUUCCACAUUAUUGCGUGGAAGAAGAGCCACUUGAGAACGAUGGAACAGUGCUUCCACAUGUGUGAUAGAAUUGUCAUCUACUUUUUCAUCGCAUCUUCCUAUGCACCAUGGUUAAAUCUCCGGGAGCUCGGGCCCCUGGCUUCCCACAUGCGUUGGUUCAUUUGGAUCAUGGCAGCUGCUGGCACCAUCUAUGUCUUUUUGUUCCAUGAACAGUAUAAGAUUAUUGAGCUACUGUUUUACUUGACAAUGGGCUUUUCUCCAGCUGUGGUGGUAGCAUCAAUGCCGAACACUGAUGGCAUCCAGGAGUUGAUGUGGGGCGGCAUGCUGUAUUGUCUGGGAGUGGUGUUCUUCAAAAGUGACGGCAUCAUUCCUUUUGCCCACGCCAUCUGGCACAUCUUCGUCGCCUUGGCUGCAGCAGUGCACUACUACGCCAUCUGGAAGUACCUGUACCGGAGCACUGCCUCGGCUGUGUGGAAGGACUUCUGAGCUGCAGCCGGCCCUUGUGCUGCAGUGGAUGUUUGGUGGCACAGGCCAGUGAAGAGCAGGAGGCAACAGCUUUGCUCCACAAGAGUUGAGUCGACCGACCUCCAGCUGCGAAUGAACACAAUGCCGUUCUCUGGAGCCUGUGGAGAGAUUGAGACAGUGAUGAGGUGGGGAGGUAGGGGUGGGCUUGGGGAGGGAUGCUGUGGGCUUGCUUUUCAGAUCAUUCUUCUGAAUCCAAAACCUUGUGUCUUCCUCCCGGCGCCCACUCCUCACGCACCUCAGCAACACGCUGGAAUUACAAGACAUCAGCGCGACCAUGUGACUAACUCCAUGUCAGCUGUGCUGUGUUGGUGUUUGUGUUUUGGGAAAGUGAAGCACAGUUUAGAAUAAUUGCAAGGUGGAGUGAGUGGCUGAACAGAAACCAGGGUAUUUUUUAUGUAACUUAGUGACUUAUGGGCAUUAUACAAUUUGACGAACCUCCACUGGACAUCAAACUGAUACAUUCCAGUUUAGUGUGGCAUUUAUACCUCGCCUUUCAUCAGAAAACCUCCGAUUUGCCCAGUUGUUGGGGAAGGGCUUUGGGUUCUUCUUUUCCGUACAUGUUUGCUGCUGUUGAACUAAUUCUGCAUUUCUGCGAGCACUUUGUGCCGCCUGGAGUGGUGAAGGGAACAUAUUUUUGGGAAUCUGUCUCACGUGACAAGGGGGUUGUGCGAGUCUACGGCAACAGUAUUGUAGUUUGUGUUCUGCUUGUUCCAGCGACAGGCUGCUGGUGAGGAACGCAACAAAAGCACUUUUGUUCUGGUUAAGCCGCUGCCAGUGGCUGCUGAUGGGCCAGUGGGUUAGCUGGCAUCGCUGGAGUGUGGAGCAGGAGAGAUUCUGAUUACCUCAUUUUGUAACCAGGCAGUAACCUGUCGUUGCUCCCUGACAAGCCUCUCGCAUUGCCCUCUGCAUUUUAUACGGAUACCAGGUUGGGCAGCCCAGUCUGUCACCCCUGGUUCCCCAUCCAUCCCCACCCCACCUCCAAAACACUAUGUUAAACUUAAAGAAUUAAUGGUUUACAUUUUAUGAAAACUUUGUCCAAUUCGGUGAAAGUAUUUUUUAUAUGUAGCCAACGGAUUUUUCAAAAGUGGCUCUUUCUAAAUUGAACUAGGGUAGCAAGUUGGGCUGGCAUGAUAUUCCGGACCAAAUCCAGGGCUCCUGCUAUUGGCCUUCUCCCACCGCAUCCUAGCAAGAAGAAUGCCUGAAUUACUCCCCGUCUGCUGUGUAGGUGACCAGUCUGGUGCAGGCACAUUGGGCCAGCACUGAAGGCUGCUAUCUUCACAGCAGAAUCUGUUCACCAUUCACGCUGGAACCUGGAGUCUCUGGCACCACUUGGAUUGCACAUCUGUCCUCAAUGGGUGAGCUUAGAGAGGGCAGGAUUGCAACUGGUGAGUCCACCAGCAGAGUGAACCACAAUACCGUUCUAGUGUCACUGCUCCGACAUGUGCCAAAUACCUCAAUGGUUGUGUUUAGAUUUCAAAGGUGCUUUUUCUCAUCAAAACUGAAAUCCAGGUGGUAUUUUUAAUAAGCUGCCCGCUGUGAAAUGACUGAGCUUGACUUUGUGGCAGGGGGGCAGAUGUGGGCAGUUGGGGAAUAACCAGACAUUUCUCUCCAGGAGAGCAUGGGUAAUAGCACUUUAGUAAUGUGGACUGUUGGGGGUGUGAGCGGAAUCUGGUCGCUGGUGGGGGUCAUAAUUAAGGCUUACGUUGCUUUAGCAGCUUAAUACUAAAUGAUGGAACACACCAAGUGUUCCAGGGACUCAGCUUGAGAGGUAACUGGGAGACAGCAAGAUAUUCUUACCUGGAAAGUGUCAGUUUCCUAACAGGAUGCAAGUAAUGGGGCACACAGGAUAAAAGCAUGAGUCCAGGGCAUCACUACGACCCUGUCAGGCUGUGUAUGUGAGAUGUGACCGAGUCGCGGCCUUUUGCCCAGUGUGUGCUCUCACUGGCUGAGCACCAACCACAAGAGCAAAUCAUUCCCCUCACAUGUUUCUGUCUGCUUGCUGCCGGGCUUGAGUGAGUAGCUGGUUCCCAUGGCUCACACACUGGUGCUGGGCCUAGCCUUGGCUCACUCACUGGUGCUGGGCCUAGCCUUGGCUCACUCACUGGUGCUGGGCUCGAGUGAGUAGCUGGUUCCCUUGGCUCACUCACUGAUGCUGGGCCUAGCCUUGGCUCACACACUGGUGCUGGGCCUAGCCUUGGCUCACACACUGGUGCUGGGCCUAGCCUUGGCUCACACACUG